AUGCGCGAAAUCGUUCAUCUUCAGACUGGCCAGUGUGGCAACCAAGUCGGAGCCGCCUUCUGGCAGACCAUUUCUGGCGAGCACGGUCUCGAUGGCACCGGAACGUACAAUGGCAGCUCAGACCUACAGCUGGAGCGCAUGAAUGUGUACUUCAACGAGGCAAGCAACAACAAGUAUGUUCCACGCGCUGUUCUCGUCGAUCUUGAGCCCGGCACCAUGGACGCCCUGCGAGAAGGGUUUGGCUCGCUCUUCCGCCCCGACAAUUACGUUUUUGGCCAGUCUGGCGCUGGCAACAACUGGGCCAAAGGUCACUACACAGAAGGUGCAGAACUUGUCGAUAAUGUGCUCGAUGUGGUGCGUCGUGAGGCAGAAGGUUGCGAUUGCCUCCAGGGCUUCCAGAUCACCCACUCUCUUGGCGGUGGAACUGGAUCCGGCAUGGGUACACUCCUAAUCUCCAAGAUUCGCGAGGAGUUUCCAGAUCGCAUGAUGGCAACCUUCUCGGUCAUGCCUUCUCCAAAAGUCUCUGACACCGUUGUUGAGCCCUACAACGCGACUCUGUCUAUUCAUCAGCUCGUUGAGAACUCAGACGAGACCUUCUGCAUUGACAACGAGGCGCUCUACGACAUCUUGCAGCGAACGCUCAAGGUCCAGAACCCUAGCUACGGUGACCUCAACUACCUCGUCUCGACAGUCAUGUCCGGAGUCACCACCUGUCUCCGCUUCCCUGGCCAGCUGAAUAGCGAUCUUCGCAAGCUUGCUGUCAACAUGGUUCCUUUCCCACGGCUGCACUUCUUCAUGGUCGGCUUCGCUCCCCUUACGGCCCGCGGAUCCACAACCUUCAGAGCUGUAACUGUCCCGGAGCUGACGCAACAGCUUUUCGACCCCAAGAACAUGAUGGCAGCAUCGGACUUCCGCACUGGUCGCUAUCUGACGUGCUCAGCAAUCUAUCGUGGCAAGGUAUCUAUGAAGGAGGUCGAGGACCAGAUUCGAGGUGUCCAGACCAAGAACACCUCGUACUUUGUCGAAUGGAUCCCAAACAAUGUUCAGACAGCAUUGUGCUCUGUGCCACCAAAGGGUCUAAAGAUGUCUUCGACCUUCGUUGGAAACAGUACCUCUAUCCAGGAAGUGUUCAAGCGCAUUGGCGACCAGUUCAGCGCCAUGUUCAGACGCAAGGCUUUCCUUCAUUGGUAUACGGGCGAAGGUAUGGACGAGAUGGAAUUCACCGAGGCUGAAUCGAACAUGAACGACCUUGUCUCCGAGUACCAGCAGUACCAAGAGGCCUCUGUCUCGGAAGGCGAGGAGUACGACGAGGAAGAACCACUCGAGGGCGAAGAGUAA